AUGUUCUCUAAACUCAUCACCCUUCUCUUCACCCUCUUCGCCCUCGCCACGUGCCAAUACUACGGUGGAUAUCCAACUGCUGGCGGUUACUACGGUACGAAUGGAAUCUAUGGUGGCAGUGGUUAUGGAUAUGGAGGUUAUGGUGCCCCUGCUUAUCCAGGACAGUAUUACGGUGGAUUCGAGUAUGGAAGUCCAUACGGAUAUGUUGGAAAGAAGAAGUAA